AAAGGACAUUACAAUGCCCUAGAAGUACUCACGAUAUCAAGUAAAGCAUGUUAAAUUUAAGUACAGAAAAUGCAAUAUUCUCACUACUGAGAUAAAAAAUGCAGCUGAAUAAAUUACAGGAAUUUCAAGAAAGCUGAGAAUGGAGUGGUCAAUAAAGGCUUCUUUUUCGGACUUGGGUAAGGCCUUGAAGAAUGAUUUAGGUUUAGGAUAGUGUUUUCAACUGGAAAGGGGAUUGUGUGGGACCCCAUUAGUGGAGGUCUUGACCCAUUUGUAAGCAAGGAAAUCUCUUUUACACUUAAAAAAAAUUGAAACAAUAUCGAUUGGAAAUAUCAGCGCAUUUUGGUCGCCCAACUCACUUUGAUGCCUAAGACCCAGCUGAUUUCUCUUCAUUUCUGCAAAGUUACUGUACCAUGGCAGGCCAACGAACAUGUCAAAGGAAGAGCAGCAGAGCUGGCCCCAAGAAAAUGCAAGAACCUCCAAGGAGCAUUGAAGAAUUCUUGAAGUUUCAAAAUUGGGAUUAUUGGCCAAGGGAAAUCCAUUUUAGAGAUGAUGAUGAAUGGUCAUGCACUCUGAAAAAAAUAAAAGAAGAUAGUUCAUUUGUUUCAAUUUAUACACACCUAUGGGAAAAUGUUCCUCGAAUAUUUGAAGCACUUUUGAUCAUGGAAUCAAAAUUAAAGGAAUAUUCACUUAUUUUGCAAAACCACACCUCUAAAAUAUUUAAGUGGAAAAGCAUGAUUUCUGAGACAAGUUCUUAUAGAAAAUUGAAAAGAUAUGGGGAAUUUCUAAAGAAGUACCAUAAGAAAAAAAAGAUAAUGCUUUCAGAUGAAAUGGAGACAGAGAAGAAUAUAGAGGGUUGCAGCUUCACAGGAUUCAAAGCAAAUGAACUUACUAAGCUACCCAGACAUUUGGAUGCCGAGCGAAUUUAUCUUUUUAUUUUAAAAGCCCAUAAUUUUGAUGGAAGAGUUUUUAAAAUCUGGAAGACUCAUUUUCUCUCAGAAGCCUCCAUUGCUCUUUUGCAUGACUCCUUUUGGUGGUGGUUCCUCCAUAAAUUCAGGCCUGACAGAGAAAACCAAGAUUGCUUAUUCGAUAGAAUUUCAGAAAGUUAUGUGAAGCUUUUCAUGAGCAUACCUCUAAGUCGAAAGGAUGCAUUCUUUCAGAUAUAUCCUGAUUGUUUGGCACAAGCCAUAUAUGCAACAUUCCAUGAAGCAUUUCCAGAAUCUAGUUACCUCUUUAAUGAUGAAUUUAAAGAAGAUCUAGGGAAUACCAUUUUUCUUUGGUGUUCAGGUUUAAAACCUCAAAAAGGCUUUUGGACCCACUGGAAACUGAAAGAACUCUCCACAACCACCAUUCAUGGUAGCAAAAAAGCACAUGCAAAAUCAGUAAAGGAAAGAAUUGCAGACAGUCAAGAACGUAUAACAACUACUAUCGACUUCAAUAUUAUCAAGAUUCUAAACAACCCAAGAGCAUAUGCGUUGCCCAUAUCCAAGGAAGAAUCAGGAUUAUCAAGACUAGCAAAAAAGACUCCAAGCAAAGGCUACCAAGAAACCUCACGAAGUGAAACAGGACUUUGAGAAGUUCCUACAUGAACUGCGUUCUGAAGCUGAAAUUGAGAGAGAAUGUGUGGCAUCACUGUCGUCGUCAUCAUCAUCAUCAACAGAGAACUACAACUUUGAGGAAGAAGAGUACUAAGAGAAACCGGAAAUGAACUCUAUUCAAGAAUAAUGCAUACAAUUCAAUGGUAUCAGUUUAAUUGUAACAAUAUAUUUAAUUCAAGUGUAAUCAGUUUAAGAGUGUGUUUUACCAUUCAUCUUUAAAAUCUUCAAAUGAAUAAAUCUCAGUAAAUUAUUCUUAAAA